AGUGACAUCGUUUCCCUGCAGAGGACCAGGGCAAGUUCCUUCCCACAAAGCCCAGGGUGGCUCACUUGUGUCAACAGAUCAAGGCUCCAUUUGCUGCUACACAUGGAACUGAGGGGGAACUGUGCCCUGUGACUUUCCAUGUUUGGUAACCUCUGAGAAGUUUUGGGGCUCAGGACAUCAAAAUGAAAGCUGUUAUCCUGGCAGCUUCUGGACUGCUGCUUCUGCAACCCACUUUUUGUCAAAGUGGCAUGGAAAAUGUUGCAGACAACUCAGCAAAGCCAACCUUAACCAUUAAGACCUUUCAUGGAAAUCCCUCAAGUGAUUUUGAUUAUAUUCCAUCUUCUGACAUAGAAGGCUCGAUAGGAGCCACUGCAACUGUAAAAAUGAAGUGUCCUGAAGAAAGUGUUUCAAAUCUCUACAUGAAUAAUGCUACCAUGGGCUAUCUGAGAAGUUCCUUAAGUACUAAGCUGAUACCUACCAUUUAUAUCCUGGUGUUUGUGAUUGGUGUGCCAGUCAACAGUGUGACCCUGUGGAAACUCUUCUUCAGGACCAAAUCCAACUGUCUGUCCAUCUUCCACACCAACCUGGCUAUUGCAGAUUUUCUUUUUUGUAUGACAUUGCCAUUUAAGAUAGCUUACCACCUCAACGGGAACAACUGGAUAUUUGGAGAGGUCAUGUGCCGAGCCACCACGGUGCUCUUCUAUGGCAACAUGUAUUGCUCCAUACUGCUCCUUGCCUGCAUGAGCGUCAACCGUUACCUGGCCAUUGUCCAUCCUUUCACCUACCGGAGGCUGCCCAAGCGCAAUUACACUUUGCUAACAUGUGGACUGGUGUGGGUGGUAGUUUUCUUAUGUAUGCUGCCACUUUUCAUCCUAAAGCAGGAGUACUAUCUUGUCCAGCUGGAGAUCACUACCUGCCAUGACGUCCACAACACAUGCGAGUCUUCAUCUUCCUUCCAACUCUAUUACUUCAUCUCCUUAGCAGUCUUUGGAUUCUUAAUUCCAUUUGUGGUUAGUAUCUAUUGCUACACAACCAUCAUCUGCAGACUUAAUGCACACGAUCAAAGAUGGCUGAGGUAUAUCAAGGCGAUUAUCUUUAUCCUUGUGAUUUUUACAAUUUGCUUCACUCCAAGCAACAUUAUACUCAUCAUUCACCAUGCUAACUACUACAAUAACAACACUGAUGGAUUAUACUUUACCUAUCUCAUAGCUUUGUGCUUGGGUAGCCUAAACAGUUGCCUAGAUCCAUUCCUUUAUUUUCUCAUGUCAAAAAUCACAGAUCAAUCCAGUUCUUAGCUGACAGUGGUGAAAUCAUCUUAGAGAACAAGAAAAGCUAUCUGUGAAAACAUACACACUUGGGGAGGCAUAUGCAAGCAGCUCUAUUCUCUAGUCCAAUUUUUGAGUUCCUAAGAAACAGUAUUUCAAAUAUUAAACAUUACAAAAGCACUAGUAAUUUUUAAAACACUUUAUCAGUAUUUUCAGAAGUCAAUGCAGAGGAAAGUUACUACUAUUCUCUAUGGCAACAGACACAUUUCCAUUUACUUUACUGAUACUAAAGCUCUUGAAAUUCCCCCUUCCCUCCUAUGAGUGGUGUCACCAUCCUUGGAACUUAGCAUUAUUUUUUGGUGCUUAUGCUAAGGACUGCUCACAGCUGAUUCUAUCUCUGUAGUAACUUUUACUAGCGUCCUUCAUCCUCAUCUCACCUCUGCCUCCUAAGCAUUCUCCUCACUGUCAGCCUGCCCUUCAUUUCACACAUCAUGCCAGGUUACUCUUUCUCAGAUACCAGUUUCAAUACAUCAAAAACCUCUACCUACCCUCCACCGCUUCUGGAAUAAGCGAUCGGCGUUCAGGGCUAACUUUCUAACUUGACUUCCUAUGAAGCCUUGGUGAUUAAGCACCAGCCAAAUCUUACUUGGCUAUGAGCUUGACUUUUCCUCUCUUUACUUCUCCCUCAGUUGAAAGCUCAUUCUAAAGUCUUAGCCUAAUUUUGUCCAUUUCCUGAAGUCCUUGAAGGAAUUUUCUUCCUGAUUCUUAAGUUAGAGUGUCAUUUUUCUCACCUGAACUUUCAAAAGCACAUUAAACUUUUUUUUUUAGUCAUGACACUUCUAUGUAGCUCAUUUAUAUACAAACAUUAGCUCUAUAAACUAUAAAGUUUAUAUACAAAUAUUAGCCUUAUAAACUAUAGUUUAUAGCUCUAUAAACAAGUGUCAUAUAGUCAUCCCCCCAUAUCUCCAAAUUCCACAGCUGCAGAUUCAAACAAUUAUAGAUAAAAGGUAUUUGAAAAAAAAUGUGUUUAUACUGACUAUGUACACUUUUUCUUAUUAUCAUUAUUUCCUAAACAAUACACUAUUCCCUAAUCAAUGUAGUAUAAACAAUAUAACAGGCUACCGCAUUUACAUUGUAUUAUUUAUCAUAAAUUAUCCAGUGACGAUUUUAAAGCUCACGGGAGGCGGUGAAGAGGUUACAUACAAAUGCUACACCAUAUUAUCCAUGGGACUAGAGCACAUGCAGAUUUCAGUAUCUGCAGGAAUUGUGGAACCAGUCCCCUGGGGCUGCUGAGGGACAACGGUAUAAUGGAGGUGUUGUCCCUCCCUUCUUUGAGGUUCUUGUGGCCACUCUAGGCCCACAUGUUUUCAAGCUCAUGCUUUGCACAUUACUGGCUAAAUGGAAGAAUAGAAUCCCAAAGCAUCUAAGCAGUAUUAAAGGCCAUUCAGUUCACACUGAAAAGGCAACACGCUCUGUAUGACAAGAUGCCAUCAUUUCUCAAUAGGAUGUGAGAAAGGAAGGAAGUUUAGCUAAGAAUGUCCAUCUAUGGUCAUGUAGGAAUUUAGCUAUUUUUCUUCUUUAUUCUUUUUACUAGGAAUAGUACUAGUGGCUAAGAGUGGGGGGCCAUCAGUGAACACACAUGGGGCUGAAGAAACCUUUAAGCAUGAGGCAUUGCUGAGAUGAAUUGUUAAGUCUGUAGGUACACAAAUUGACUACAUACUUUGCUCUGACCAUUCAAACAAUAAAAACAUUAAAAUACAUACUUUUGAGUUACAGUUUUCUGUUUCAUUGGACCUGGACAAAACACUUGUACAUGAACAGCCAGGCAUGGAGGCACACACCUGUAAUCUCAGCUAUGUGGGAGGUAUAGGUAGGAGGAUUCUGAUCUGAGGCUGGCUC